AUGAACUUACCACCCAGCAUUCUGGCAAUGGUAAUAUCUGAAGCGCUUCUUCUGUAUCACACUGGAUUAAGCAGCAACAGAGAUUAA